AUGAGUUGUCGAGCACUCAGGUACACGCUGGUUGAGUUGCAGCGGUUUACUAUUCUGGCGAACUCUUCUGCUUUUCUGAGGCCAGAGUGUGCCUACGCCAUCUACCAGAGGCAGUACUUGGCAGAACCACUUAGAGUGAUGACGCACCAGGCCGUUGUCGGAGUGGCUAUGGAAGCCAGGCAAGAGAGGCGAGGUCAGAGUUCAAGAUCGAAAGGCGAGACGGCUCAUUCGAGGGAGAGGUCCAACUAUGCAGUGGCGACUGGCUUGCCUCGACUUUCUUGGACACUAGCAGUGCGGGAUGCGCAGGGAGAGGCUACGAUAGUACCAUCAGAAUGGGCAGAGGAGGCUUUCCAUUUGAUGCUUGCAAUGGAGAAGGAAUUUCACAAAAUAGCAAGCGGUACUCCUCUACGACUGAAAUACCCAUCGAUGACUCCAGCUCUUGCUUCUGUACAGAUGAGACCUCAGGGACAGGCUAGGGCGGCUUUUAGGCGAAAGAGUGUGCAGCCUCCUCCUCAAAAGAAGACGAUGACAGACACCUCUACCACUCCUGCCGGAACCCAGAGACAAACAAGUGCUUCACAGCCAGUGGUGAGCGUGCAAAGAGGGGCAAAGAGCGCCACGACUCGCGAGGAGACGAGAUUCCGAAUUAAGCUGAGGGAGAGGCCACAACAGAAAGGGCUAGCUGAGAAGAGGAGGAAAGGAGCUUUCGACAUCUCGGACCACAGAGAGCGAGAGCGAGGAGGAGGAGGAGGAAGAGGAAGAUGAGCGCUCGCCUUCCAACAGAGGCUCUGAUGACUCCACCGAUGACCCCAAGUAUAAGAUGGAUCCAAGAGAGAGAGAGAGUUGAUGACGACGAGGACGAGGACGAUGAUGACGAUGCUGAAGAUUUCGAUGACUGAGGGCUACCACUGGGCCUCAUCUAUUUUAUUGUUUUUUGCUUUUGAUUUGGGACUGUGCGCCCACGUAGAUAGACUUGACGGCGGGCCGACGGGCCCUAGACUUGAUAUUUUGGAGGAUGACUAGGCUUGCGUACCCCUUUUGACUUUUUGGCGCAUGUGCCUUGUUGACAUCACUUUCUGGUCGGGCCGUUGUGCCGCUUCAUACAUUGUUCCACCUUUUGUUUAUGGAUAUAGAUAUAAGAGUAUAUAAAAUUGCAUCUUCCGUUUAUUA